UUUGCCCUCUUCCCAUCCCAUCCUCCCCCUCGUUGCUCAACCCAUCCCAUACUUCACUCGUAUCAACUCUCCCAUCUAACUCGUCUCACAACGCGUCCCAUCGUCUUUGUCUCAUCGUCUGGCUGUCACAUUGGUCCUGCGCCUCGUCAAGCACCGUCCUCCGUCGUCUUCCCUCUCCGCGCUCCCGUCAAAUUACCUUCCCUCACCGGCCCCGCGAGUGGCCCUUGCGCGUUUCAAGCCGUAAUCUGCCUUCCCUGGCGGCCAUUCUUCCCGUCUUAACCCGCGCUGUGAGCAGUGAGCCGAGUCGAGCUCAGUCAACCUUGCCUCUUGUCACACCAUGAGCUUCCGUCCUCCACGAGGUGGAGGCGGGGGUCAUCGCGGCGGUGGUGGUGGACAUCGCGGAGGCGGCGGCGGUGGAUUCCGCGGCGGAGGCCCUCGUGGUGGCGGACGUCAUGACCAAGGCCGAUAUGAGCCAGAACCCGCAUUCAGUGAGAACAACGGCGGUCAGUUUAACCACCAACCACCACCGCCACCGCACUUCAACGAUCGCGGUGAUCGCGGCGGACCCAGUUACGGCCGUGACCGAGGGCGUGAGGACCGUGGUGGUGAUUAUGGUCAGCACUGGGAUCGUGGCGAUGGCCCCGGCCGGGGAGGUGGCCGUGGUGGUCGGGGUGGUGGCCGACAGCAUCACCGCCGAGGUGAACGUGAAGAUGCGAAUGGUAAGCAGACAUGCCGAGUGAGAGAGCGGUUACGUUGGGGCUGCGUGAGAAACGAGACGACGAUCUGAGUGAGGGGCAAGAGAGGCAGCUCAGAGCCCGCCCGGCCUUUGUCAGCUGUAAACCACUGUCGACACAGCGCAACGCAGGCCCUCCCUGGAUAGAACUUCCGUCUCACAUACACAGGCCGCACGUUUGAGCUCCCGGUUCCGGUGCGCGAUGCGCCGAGCGAGCAAACCCGCCUCGAGCGGCUGGCAAGAGAACGUGUUUCGAGGACAUUGUUCAUCCGCAAUGUGGCAUACGAGACGGACUCGAACGAGUUCAGGCGGCGGUUCGAGCAGUUUGGCGAAGUCUCAGACUGGUUCGACGCGAUCCGAAACCGUGGCCUUAUCUUCGUGACCUUUUACGAUAUCCGCGCCGCCGAAGUGGCGCGACAAGGCAUGACGGGUACAAAGCUGUUCGAGCGCCCCAUCGACGUGCACUACAGCUUGCCAAAGGAGAAGGACCAGGAUGGGCCGUGUGACGCCAGCAAGCACCAAGGGUCGCUGUUGGUCACGCUGCACCCGCGCCACCCGCUCGAGGAGGCCGACAUUGGCAACGCGGCGGCCCAGUUUGGCGAGGUCAAGGCGGUCAGGACGACGGGGUACCAGGAGCAGAAGGUCGUCGAGUACUACGACUCUCGCGCUGCGGUCGACUUUCAGCACACUAUGGACGGCAAGCCGUUCAAGGGCGGUGACCUGGAAGUUCGGUUCGUGUGGGACGUAGGAGACGUCGUCAACCCGGACCCAGUAGCAGCGGAGCGGGAGUACGGUGGCGCCAACGACAGCAGCGCGCUGCGCGGGCGGAAUCGGCGUGACUCGCGUGGCGGGCACGGCGGACCAGGACGGUUCAACAGGCGCGACGACCGAGACAGGCGAGACGACCGCGAUAAUGGCCCACGGUACGACGACCGGCAGCGCGAGCGCGAACCGCCGCGGUUCGACGACUACCGCGAUCGGUACGAUGACCGGCGUCCUUCGGCGGGCGGAGGGGGGCGGUACGACGAGCCGCGCCGCGACUACGCGCGCCAGGAGUCACGGUACAAUGAUGCGCCGCAGCCCGCGCCGGCCCCACCGUCGAGAUUGGACGAGGCGCGUAAAGUACAAGACUUGCUCACUUCGCUCGGGAACGCAGCGAGCCUGGCGAACAAGCCCCCUCCACCUCCCCCACCGCCCCAGCCGCCGGCGCCAGCGUACCCCCCAGUGCAGGGCUACGCCCCACCCCCGGCGCCGUACCCACCGCCGCCAGCGCAAUACGCGCCACCACCACCGGCACCAGCAGCGCCGGCGCCGUACCCCGGUUACCCGCCUGCUCCGCCUCCGCCAGCGCCGUCCCCCUACCCUCCCCCUGCCGCGCACUACCCGCCCCCUCCGGCACCAGCAUACCCGCCAGCCCCGCCGGCGCCAGCCCACAACCCGUACGCAGCGCCAGUGCCAGCCCCAUACCCACCACCGCAUCCGCCAGCGCCGUACCCUCCCCCGCACCAGUCACCUCCCCCGCCUCAGCCGUACAGCGCGCCCCCGAGACCGUCGUAUCCCCCCGCAUCGUCGCCUCCUGCGCCGACCUCGUCUUCUCUGCCACCCAACGUCCUCGCACUGCUGCAGAACCCACCGCGCCCGAGUGGCGCGCCGCCGCCCCCUCCUUCGCCGCAGGGAUACCAGCAGCACCCGUACCCUCCACCGCAGAGCCACUACCCGCCGCCACAGCAGCAGCAUCGCCCGGCAGACCAGGGGUACGACCCUGCCAGACCUAAAGACGUCGAUUCGCUCCUCGCCAUGCUGAAGCGCUAGGCGUCGCACCACACUUCGCAACUGAUGUAUAAUACCAAGCACAUUGCAUGGUGAGAAUGAAAAAGAGUUAC